AUGGCUCGUCCCAUGGGGUCAGUCCGCCUCAAGAAGGCCAAUUCCUCGACGUUGAUCCUGGGAGCGGUGCUUUGCAUUUUCAUCAUCAUCUUCCUCGUCUCGCCCUCGAGCCCCGCCUCUACCGGCCGCCUGUCUACCAUCGUCUCGGCCCAGCAUCACCUAUCGCCCCCUACCUCGCCGUACCAGAGCCCGCGGUCAGGUGCUGUCCAAGGCCCUCCGCCGGUUACGCGAUACAAUCUCAACAAGGUCACCGUCACGUCCGAUCCGGUUAGGAACCAGGAGCACAUCCUGAUCCUGACGCCUAUGGCCAGGUUCUACCAACAAUACUGGGACAAUCUCUUGCACCUCAGCUACCCCCAUGAGCUGAUUACUCUGGGCUUCAUCCUGCCCAAGACCAAAGAGGGAAACCAGGCGACAUCCCUUCUGCAGCAGCAGAUCCAAAAGACCCAGCAUGGCCCAGAGAAGGACCGCUUCAAAAGCAUCAUCAUCCUGCGCCAAGACUUUGACCCUGCCGUGGCGUCCCAGGACGAAAGCGAGCGCCACAAGCUGGGCAACCAAAAGGCCCGCCGUGAGGUCAUGGCCAAGGCACGCAACUCGCUACUCUUCACAACAUUGGGCCCGUCCACCUCAUGGGUGCUGUGGCUCGACGCCGACAUCGUCGAGACUGAGCCAACGCUGAUCCAAGAUCUUGCGGCCUUCGACAAGCCCAUCAUCGUUGCCAACUGCUUCCAGAAAUACUACAACCCCGAGACCAAGAAAAUGGAUGAACGGCCGUACGACUUCAACAGCUGGCAGGACAGCGAGAAUGCGCUGAAGAUGGCGGAGCAGAUGGGGCCGGAUGACAUCCUGCUCGAGGGCUACGCUGAGCUUGCAACCUACAGAACUCUUCUUGCGUACAUGAGCACUCCCGGUGGCAAGCAGGACCUGGUGGUGCCCCUCGACGGAGUUGGCGGCACCGCAUUGCUGGUCAAGGCUGACGUGCACCGUGACGGAGCCAUGUUCCCUGCCUUUUCUUUCUACCACCUGAUUGAGAGCGAGGGUUUCGCCAAGAUGGCUAAGCGAUUAGGAUGGCAGCCGUAUGGGCUUCCCAACUACAAAGUCUACCAUUAUAAUGAGUAA